GCUGAAGCCGACGGGAGGCGAGAAACUCCGACUGCGGUUCAGUCUGAGUGGGUUGCGCUUCGAUGUGUCUGCGAGCGGGGUCUCCCCUGGCAACGGUGUGCCCGAGAGGCCGAUGGCAGAAAAUUGUUUACUCUUUGCUGAAUUAUCGUGACUGGUGCCAGCUGUAGGUUUGAAUCACACGGACUAGUAAAGUCAGAACGGCGGUGGAUAAUAAAUAUUUAGGUCCAAGUUCUAGUACACAGAGAUUACAGCGAUGCGUUUUCUAUUUGCGAGGAUGGGGAAUUUUUUUACCAAAUUACCAGAAGCACGCAAUGAGGCAGCUUUGCAGUUUAUUCGCAACCAAGUUGCAAACAAUUGUGUGGUUUUAUUUUCCAAGACCUUCUGUCCUUACUGUAAGAAGACAAAGAUCCUCUUCCAAGAACUAGGAGUCAAAUACAAGGCAAUUGAGUUGGAUUUACACAAAGAUGGCAGCACUAUCCAAAAUGUUCUUGAGGAAUUGACUGGGGCUCGAACAGUCCCAAGAGUAUUUGUGAACGGCAAAUGCAUUGGUGGUGCUUCAGACACAUUUUCACUCCACUCAAAGGGUAAACUUAUGCCACUAGUGCUGAAGUGUUCUCCACCUUGCACCUUGGAUGAAAGUCAUUACAAACUUCAUGCUCAUUGAUACUGAGUGCCAGCAUACUUUUAUCUGUUACUUUUUGAAAUAAAUCGUGA